AUGUCUUCCUCUGCAGCCCUAAUACUAGGGGCAUCGCUAUUGACGUCAUCUGUGUCUGCUCUGUCUUUGCCUCCCCUUAUUCCUUCUAUUCCUGGUGUUACUGAGGCCUUGAAUGACAUUGCUCCGCCUCUUCCCAUUCUACAGGUUCCAACUCCAGCAUUAGAUAGCCCCCCUUGGGAGGGAAGCAACAUCAAGCCUAAGAAGAUAGGCUACUUCUGGACUGCCUCUGGGGACAACCAGCAUAAAGACUUCCUGGCGACAUACAGUCUUGAUGAUGAUACCUUUGGAACUCUUAUUUAUGUAACCGAUGUUCCCUCAAGCGGCAACAGCCCCCACCAUCUUGGACCUUCUUACGAUGGGAAGACCCUGAUUGGUGGCGGAUUGCUCUCAUUAUUGAAGACGCAAGACACGGCAUUUUACUUUGACGUUUCUGAUCCGUAUCAACCUACCUUUAAGAAGAGCAACCGCGGAAUCCUCUCGUCUAUCGUGGAUGAGAUCCGCGCAAAGCCCGAUGGGGGUUUCUUCAUCACAUACAUGGGCUCUGCUCUUGGCACUUCUCCUGGCCGUCUUAUUGAAACUGAUGCUGAUUUCAAUAUCAUCCACGAAUGGCCAGAGAGCGUAGAAGGUACCCUCAACAUUCUCGGGGAACAAUUCUCCCCGCACGGUCUUUCUGUCGAUUUUGACAGAAAUGUCAUUUUGACUUCCGACUUUAUCGUCCCCCUGAGCAUCCUAAAGCCGAGCUUGGGAAUUCAAAGGGCCAACACCCUUAGACUGUGGGAUCUUCCAACUCGUGAAAUCAUCAGCACAAUUGAAAUCCCUGACGGUGGUGGUAUCCAGGACGUCAAGUUCAUCCCCGGUAACUCCGAAGGAGCUGCUCUUGCAACCGCGGUCCACUUAGGUCAAGUCUGGAUCAUCUAUCCCCACCGCAAGGACAGUAACGGCAAGCAAGGCGUGGCCAAGCUUCUUUUCGACUUGGGUCCUAAGGCCCGCGACACCACUGCUAUCUACUCUGAUAUCUCAUCCGACGGGAAAUUCGCCUAUUUCACCCUGACAACAGCAGACCACAUCGCGGCCCUCGACAUUUCCGACCUAGACAACGUGAAGCGCCUCGACAACCCGGACGAAGACCAGCCCACCAUCGGCCCGCACUACAUCAAGAUCACCCCGGACCAAAAGCACAUCGUCGUCACGGACUACUUCGUGCAGACGGGCGACAUCGGCCUCAUCAACACCCCCGCCGACUACAAGGCCCUGUACAUCGACAUCCUCGACGACGGGUCGCUGAGCUUCAACCGCAGCAUCGAUUUUCAGCGUGAGUUCGCCAACCGCGGCGGAGCCAAGCCGCACUCCUCCGUCGUCUUCGACCUUACGGACCCGGAGAACCCUGUUUACUAUUAA